ACCGCGGCACCCCAGAAUAUUGAUAAUGGGAAUGACGAGUGUGCCCAGUGGUGCGCAACCAACUUUCCCCAGCCAGGAAAUGAUUGUACCUCCCUCGCUGCAAAGGGCCAAGGACCAUGCUACGUAUGUGGUCCAGGCGCCAAACCACCGGGAGCGAACUUGAACACGGAUCCUAAGAACUGCGGAGCUUGCGGCAAGCAAUGCCCUGAUGGUCAAGGUUGCAUCGGUGGUCAAUGCAAGUCCCAAUGUCCUACCGGCCAGCAGCAAUGCAGUGGGCAGUGUGUUGACAUAAAAACUGAUCCCAAGAACUGCGGCACCUGCGGUAACAAAUGCCCAGAUACUCAAACUUGCAGCGGUGGUCACGGUGGUCAGUGUAAGUCCCAGUGCCCUACAGGCCAAACGCAAUGCAGCGGGAAAUGCGUCAAUACCGACACCGACCCCAAGAACUGCGGCACCUGCGGCAACAAAUGCCCAGAUACUCAAACUUGCAGCGGUGGUCAGUGUAAGUCCCAGUGCCCUACAGGCCAAACGCAAUGCAGCGGGCAAUGCGUCAAUACCGACACCGACCCCAAGAACUGCGGCACCUGUGGCAACAAAUGCCCAGAUGGUCAGACAUGCAUUAGUGGCUAUUGUAAAGCCCAAUGUCCCAGCGGCCAGCAAUCCUGCAACGGGCAAUGU